GCUGCCAAUCUCAACAGAAACCAAGUUUCAAAGCUCCUAAUCCAACACCACAGGGCACAGGUCCACAGCAUAAAAGCUUCAAAGCUCUUCAAUAAUGGCGUCUUCCAGGGCUUGCUUUUCCAGAUUUCCACUACUUCGAUCAUCUUCUCUAUCCUCUCCACUCCUUUUCUCUACUUUCUCUCCCUCUCUCUCUUCUCCAAUUUCAACAUUCCGCAAAUUCAGUCGUCUCUCAGCUUCUCUCUCAACCCAUGACUCAAGUACUCAUCAUUCUGCUGACCAGUUCCCCAUUCCCAAAACCACGAAACCCAUUUGGAAACCCAUUUGUUUGUACUACACUCAAGGGAAAUGCACCUUGAUGAAUGAUCCUGUUCAUCUGGACAAGUUCAGUCACAAUUGCUCUAUACCCCUCGAAGCUAAUAUUUCUACAGCUGAAAAGUUGCGCCCACAGAACAUAGACUACUUGUUGGUGCUUGAUUUGGAAGGAAAAGUUGAGAUACUUGAAUUCCCAGUUAUGAUAAUGGACGCUAAAACACUGAACGUUGUUGAUUUCUUCCACAGGUUUGUUAGGCCUACAAAAAUGAGUGAGCAAAGGAUAAAAGAAUACAUUGAAGGAAAAUAUGGCAAACUAGGUGUUGACCGUGUUUGGCAUGAUACAGCUAUAUCUUUUAAAGAAGUCAUUCAAGAAUUUGAGGCUUGGAUCUCUGGGCAUAACUUGUGGGAAAAGGAGCUUGGUGGACCUCUAACCAGAGCUGCUUUUGUGACUUGUGGCAACUGGGACAUCAAAACGAAAAUUCCUGAGCAGUGUCAAGUAUGUGACAUGCAGGUUCCCUCUUAUUUUAUGGAGUGGAUUAAUUUGAAGGAUAUCUACUUGAACUUCUAUAAUAGCACGGCAAAAGGAAUGAGGACCAUGUUGGAUGAACUUAAAAUUCCUUUAUCGGGAAGACAUCACCUAGGAAUCGAUGAUACAAAGAACAUAACAAGGGUGGUACAACGGAUGCUAGCAGAUGGUGCAUUAAUGCAGAUUACUGCCAGGAGGAGUCCUGCAAGUCCCAGAAGUGUUGAUUUUCUUUUCAAAAAUCGUAUUAGGUGAAUUUCAGUUCAGUUUACAAGCAGCUGCAGUUAAUCCUGUCUUGCAAAGCUUGAAGAUAUGGGAGAUAGCAACUACUGAAUGACACCAGUGGAUUCUUUCAUGAGGAAGUUCUGGAGCUUCUAGAAUAGAGGGAUGCAUGUUGUAUACGGAAUGGAAGAGGAAUGUGUUGUACAUAUAUUGCAUGAAAUUAAACCUUUUUGUCCCAUAUUUGUGCUAAGCCUUUUAUUGGUUCACAAUACCAUUGAUAGGACCUCACUAGUUUUAAAAAUUAGAAAUGUACUUGUAUAAAUUACGGAGUAGGUUAUUUCGACUUUUCGACUUUUACCCCCUAAAAAGUUCGAUUUGUACCCCCUA